CUGAGUUAACCAAGAGGAUAGAGGGAAACUCAUUUUCCGUUUGCCAGUUGUUUUGUUAUUAUUAAUCUUUUUGCAAACAUCGAAAGUGGUGGCCAUCUGUUUCCAGUAGCACCAAAGGUUACUGUGUGGUGACCACUGGCCCCUAUUCCUUAACUGCUCCUGUGAGUUCCUAACUAAUUCACCCAGUCCUAAAUCCUCACCAUGGAGCCCAACAAAGUGCAAUCUGAAGGAGGACUUAAUGUCACUCUGACUAUCAGACUCCUCAUGCAUGGCAAGGAGGUUGGAAGCAUUAUAGGCAAGAAAGGAGAAACUGUGAAGAAGAUGCGUGAAGAUAGUAAUGCACGCAUAAAUAUUUCAGAGGGGAAUUGCCCAGAGAGGAUAGUUACCAUAACAGGACCCACAGAUGCCAUAUUCAAGGCCUUUGCCAUGAUCGCAUACAAGUUUGAAGAAGAUAUUGUUAACUCUAUGAGCAAUAGCCAGGCUACUAGUAAGCCUCCAGUGACUUUGCGUUUGGUGGUGCCGGCCAGUCAGUGUGGCUCUCUAAUUGGGAAAGGAGGCUCCAAGAUCAAGGAGAUGAGGGAGACUACAGGGGCUCAAGUGCAAGUGGCUGGAGACAUGUUGCCCAAUUCUACUGAGCGGGCGGUCACUAUCUCAGGUGCUCCAGAGGCUAUUGUCCAGUGUGUGAAGCAGAUCUGUGUGGUCAUGCUGGAGUCCCCACCCAAAGGUGCCACAAUUCCAUAUAGGGCGAAACCUGCCACUGCACAAGUCAUUUUCUCUGGGGGCCAGGUGAGAGCAGAUACUCUGGCAGCACCAGCCACAGCCGGCCUCAGCUUGUUACUGCAGCAUCAGCCUCUGCCUGCCUACACCAUUCAGGGACAAUAUGCCAUCCCACACCCAGACUUGACAAAGCUCCAUCAGCUGGUUAUGCAGCAAACCCCCUUUACCUCCCUCGGACAGACCACCCCCGCUUUUCCUGGUCUGGAUGCCAGUUCACAGGCCAGUACUCAUGAACUCACCAUUCCAAAUGAUCUAAUAGGCUGCAUUAUCGGACGUCAGGGCACAAAAAUUAAUGAAAUCCGUCAAAUGUCUGGGGCUCAGAUCAAAAUUGCUAAUGCCAUGGAGGGGUCAUCAGACCGUCAGAUCACCAUUACUGGAACACCUGCCAACAUCACCCUGGCACAGUACCUCAUAAAUGCCAGGUUCAGAGAUGUGGCAGCCAUGUGGACUGACCCUUCAACCAUGACAACCUCCUGAAAUCAUAUUAUGCUCUCUUUAUCUAAGGCGUUCUGGUCUUUAUUUUUGGGGCCUUAUCAGUGUUCCUUAAAAC